AUGUCUUCCAAAGCCGUCAACGUUGCUGUCAUUGGUACUGGUGUCGUCGGUUCAUCUUUCUUGAAGCAACUGCUUUCUAUCAAAUCCCAAAUUACUUACAAUGUGAUUUUGGUUGCUAAAUACUCUAAUGCCCUAGUUUCUAAAGAUUACUCUCCAUUGAAGCUAGACGCUUCUUCUUGGGAGGAAACUGUUAAUGCUGAAGCAGGUAACCCAAUUUCUGUCCCUGAAAUUUUUGAAUUCUUGCAAAAAUCCCCACUGCCAACCAUUUUGGUCGAUAAUACCUCCAAUGAAGAGAUUGCCAACUUUUACCCAAAGUUCAUUGAAAGCGGUAUUUCAAUUGCCACUCCAAACAAGAAGGCAUUUUCUUCGAACUUGGAAUUAUGGAACAACAUCUUUUCUGCUAAACCAUCUAAUGGUUUAGUUUACCACGAAGCAACUGUUGGUGCUGGCUUGCCAAUCAUUGGUCCGUUGAGAGACAUGAUCCAAACCGGUGACAAAGUUGUGAAAAUCGAAGGUAUCUUCUCUGGUACCUUAUCUUACAUCUUCAACGAAUUUUCUACUUCUACUCCAAACGAUGUCGGUUUCUCUAGCGUUGUUAAAGUAGCAAAGGAACUGGGGUACACAGAACCUGAUCCAAGAGAUGAUUUGAAUGGUUUAGAUGUCGCAAGAAAGGUCACUAUUUUGGCAAGAAUUGCUGGAUUUAAGGUUGAAUCUCCAACUUCUUUCCCUGUGCAAUCUUUAAUUCCAUCUGCCCUUGAAUCUGUCAAAUCAUCCGAUGAAUUCUUGCAAAAGCUACCAGACUACGACCAUGAACUCAAGCAAUUGAAAGAAGAAGCCGCUAAGGAAAACAAAGUUUUAAGAUUUGUCGGAAAGGUUGACUUCCCUUCAAAUGUCGUUUCUGUUGGUAUUGAAAAGUACGAUUACUCUCAUCCAUUCGCUUCAUUGAAGGGAUCUGACAAUGUCAUUUCAAUCCAAACUGAACGUUAUACCAACCCAUUGGUCGUUCAAGGUGCAGGUGCAGGUGCCGACGUCACUGCUGCAGGUGUCUUGGCUGACGUUAUCAAGAUUGCAGAAAGAUUGUAA